UUGAGAGCGGAUAUUUGUCAUAGUGUGUAAUGCAUUUAUUCAUGGUUAUAAUUCAUCUUAAUGUUGAUAAACCCACAUAAACCACAAGUGUGUGUUUCUUAAAGAUUAACACACAUUGUUAAAAAUUCCGACAUUGAGAGAGGACACAGUUUUAAAACAGAGAAAAACAAAGGGAAAUUCAUUGCCAGGCUGGAAAAUUUACCUCGGCCGCCCUCUACGAAGAAGAGCUAUAUUCAAAUCGAGCGCCAUUUGACGUACAUCAAGUCUGAGGCUUUGAAAUUUGAUCCGGCGCACUAUACUUCACUCAGACUCCUUCACUUCUAACAGGUCAACAACAUGGAGCAGGGACAGCAAAGACUGAGAAUUACCCUCGCCAGGCCGGACAGUGGGGUGCCCUGGGGGUUCAGGCUUCAGGGUGGGGCCGAUUUCACCACACCCCUCUCAAUUCAGCUGGUGAACCCUGGCAGUGUGGCAGAACGCUGUGGUCUGCACCCUGGGGAUGCCGUGCUGCAGAUUAAUGGUCAGAAUGCUGACUACAUGGAACAUGAACAGGCCAAGAAGGAGAUCGUCAGGGCAGGGAACCAGGUAGAAUUUAUAGUAGAAAGAGGUGGGGUUAGAAUUUGGAAACCCAAAGUCACGCCCAUGUCUGAACUGCGACCUGGGGAGCUGCAGACCCAUGGCGUUCCUAAUGAACCAGCUCCUAUACAGAGGACAUCACUGGCACACCAUGAAAUACAGGGUCCCAGCACUAUUGGUGUUGCUCAUAACCGUGCUGCCCGUCCGUUUGGUGCCUCCAACCUGAACCAGCCCCCCUCUGGGUACAAGCCAGGGGUGGUCCACUCCCAGUUCAACACCCCCAUUGGUCUGUACUCUGCAGACAACAUUGCCGACACCUUUGUAUCCCAGACUGCAGCCAUGUCAGACCUAGAUAUCAAUGAUCAGGCAGAUGGCAAUUUUCCACCUCCACCACCACCAAUUGCAGCCCCAGCCCCAGCUCCAGCCCCAUCCCAGCAUUCAUCAGCAACAUGGCGGCCGCCUUCUCAGACUCCGCAGGCACCACCUGUGAAGAUACAGCCAGCACAAUAUCCUCCUCCUCCUCCCUCUCAAAAACUUUACACAGGGGCACCACCCCCGGCACCACCAGCUCCUCCAGCACCACCAGCUCCAAGUGGUUCCAGAGCACAUGUGGUCUCAAAAGUGGCGCCACCUUCAGCACAGCCUGUAAAAGUUGCUGGAAUUGCACCAAAGGCGGCACCUGAACACGUAAAUGGAAAUCACAAAAAAGGCGAAGAAAAUGGCAACCAUAAUUUGCCAGCAGAUGCCCCCCCUGAGAUCUCGCCCACUUUGUUAGCAUUGCAGGAGGAGCUGAAGGCCCAGCAGAGAGGAGAACAGGAGGUGUUUAAAGGUUUGGGGAUGUCCAAUACAGAGAAUCACCAAUCACGAUCAUUCCGCUUGUUGAAGGAGGAUUUAGACAGUGGUGGAACAGCUGUUGUUCAAAGAGUUCAUUAUGUGCCUGCACAUCAUGAACAUGAACAUGAAGAAGAGGGUCAGUCAGUCCCGGGUAUGCGCUCUGUGAAAGCCCCCCAGACCAGAGCCCCUGGUGCGCCGACUCAGCAAUCUGGCGAAGCUUGCGCCAUUUGUGGCAUGCUGGUCACAGGAGUGUUUGUUAAAGUGAGAGGCAAGCCCCUCCAUGCUGACUGCUUUAGGUGUGACGAAUGCAGGAAGAGUUUAAAAAAUCAAGGUUAUUUCUGGAUUAAUGACCGUAUGUAUUGUGAGGAACAUGCCAAGAAGUUGACCCAGCCCCCUGACCCUGACCUGGUAGCAGUCCCCAUCUACAGAUAAACACUUAUUCGGAACAUAAAAAUGUUUCUUGUGUCAAGAUGGAAGCUGUGUGAACUUUGACGUGUGAAGCCAUAAUAUAUUAAGAUGACAGGGUACAGGCCCAGAGGACAAUUGGGGGGG